AUGGAUGGUGUAAAGGGAAGGCCAGAGGACAUAGAUUUUGAAGCCAGCUUCAUAAGGCUACUGGACAAAAUAACUAAUGGUUCUCAAAUUGAGAUAAAUCAAACAGGGACGACCUUAUAUUAUCAGCCUGGCCUCCUGUUUGGUGGAUCAGUGGAACAUGACUGUAGUGUCCUUCGCGGCAUUGGCUAUUACCUGGAGGGUCUCCUUUGCCUUGCUCCAUUUAUGAAGCACCCCAUAAAAAUAGUUCUCCGAGGAGUGACAAAUGACCAAGUUGACCCUUCGGUUGAUGUUCUUAAGGCAACAGCACUUCCUCUACUGAAACAGUUUGGGAUUGAUGGUGAAUCCUUUGAGCUAAAGAUUGUGCGACGAGGAAUGCCUCCAGGAGGAGGAGGUGAAGUGUUUUUCUCGUGUCCUGUCAGGAAGGUUCUGAAGCCCAUUCAGCUCACAGACCCAGGAAAAAUCAAACGUAUCAGAGGCAUGGCGUACUCUGUGCGUGUGUCACCUCAGAUGGCAAACCGGAUUGUGGAUUCUGCAAGGAGCGUCCUCAACAAGUUCAUACCCGAUGUCUAUAUUUACACAGACCACAUGAAGGGAGUCAGCUCUGGAAAGUCUCCAGGCUUUGGGUUGUCACUGGUUGCUGAGACCACUAAUGGCACCUUCCUCAGUGCUGAACUGGCCUCCAACCCUCAGGGCCAGGGUGCAGCUGUGCUUCCAGAGGACCUCGGCAGGAACUGUGCCAGACUGCUACUAGAGGAGAUCCACAGAGGUGGAUGUGUAGACUCAACCAACCAGAGUCUGGCUCUGCUGCUCAUGACCCUUGGACAGCAGGAUGUUUCCAAAGUCCUGCUAGGACCAAUCUCUCCUUAUACGAUAGAAUUUUUACGGCAUUUGAAGAGCUUUUUCCAGAUUAUGUUUAAAAUUGAAACCAAACCAUGUGGUGAAGAACUCAAGGGUGGGGACAAAGUCCUGAUGACCUGUGUUGGCAUUGGCUUCUCUAACCUUAGCAAGACCCUCAAGUGAUACUGUCACAAGAUAAGUCCCUGUUGCCUACACACAAAACAGAAGCUGCCAAAGGGACCAAGUACAGAUGUAUUCCUUUGGGACGGAAUAAUCUGUAUAUUGAGGACUGUCUUAAUUUUUCAUUAAAAAUACCAGUAUACAAAUAAAAACCAUCUGUCCUUCCUGUGGU